CACUCGAAGUUGAUGCCGACUACUGUCCAGUUGGUGCAAAACAGCCGAACAGGGCCGGGAACAGGGUGCACAUAAGCACAAUGUUACUUUCAAGAAACGUCAAAGUUUUCGUUUCCUGCUGUUAUAAAAAAAGAAUCUGUGCUAGUCCACUCCAUCAGAGGCAUAGCAGUAAAUACAUGUAUACACCACUAGUGGCCCCUUAUCAGCUAUUUACUUCGGAUUCAGCAGCCAAUGCAGACAAAGUCCCAAGUGAGGCUAAUGACCAUCAGCACAAGGCAGAGCCUCCUGAUUGUCCGGAUUGGGAUUGGAUCGGCCCGGUGGACAAACGCUCCAAUCUCCGACAACUACGCUUUGCUCAGAGACCGAAUGAAACAGAAGCAGAGAGAAAGUACCGAGAGAUGAGGGAGGAAAUCUAUGACUGGAAUCACGCCUUCUGGGCCCAGCAUAACCAGAACUUCAUUGAGGCCAAAGAACGUUUUGUUAAGGAGGCACUCGGCAAGAAAGGAGAAGGGCUCUUGGAUGAAGAUGGAGCAAAACGAGUGUUGAGUGCGGAUAAAAUGGCCGAGUUCUACAGAGAAUUUCUCCAGGACAACCGGCAAACACUCAAGCUGUAUAACCGGGAAUGGUACCGAAAAAACACCGCCCUCUUGUGGCCUGCAUUCAAGAUUGCUGUGCAGAGGCUGUUGAGAAGGUGACCCUACAAAGUCGCUGGGAGAACAACAGGAUUUCGUCCAUCUUCAAGCGUGUGAAAAUCUCCUCUUGCUGAAUGCAAAAUGACAUCAACAUUCCCAAAUGUACAUGUAUGUUUUACUCCAUGCCUCAAGGAGAUUGAACUUGGUGUAAAAAUCUCAUGAAAAAGCUGUCCUACAGUGUCUCAGAGUGGGCAUCUGUGAUGAAGAUUCAUGCAUCUGUACAUGAGCUUGUUUUUUGCAAUCUUUUUUUAACAAUACUCUUGAGGACCGGUUACUGUCCAUUUUAGUUCCUGUUCAGACUUUGUCAAAAUGCCCUCUACAUGUAGGUCUUAAUCAGUGUUCUGAAGACUUGGCUCAGGUGUGAGAAGCUUUUGUCUCCCACAUCCCAUUGUUCCUGGUCCUAAGUUUAGUAGGAUAACGAGUCCAUUCACUAUUGUCCCAUUGUCCCAAGUCAUGAAGGAUAACAAGUGGACUUAUCCAAUACCAUGCCUAUCAUGCCAAGGAGAUAUCUUCCCUGAUGGGAGAAAGACCAGAGAGGGUAGACACUUGAACUUAGUAUCAGAAGUUUUUAUUGCUCAUAGCAAUCUCUUGACAGGUUAGUUUCCUUCAAGCUGAUGUUAUACUUCUAUUCAAUGAAACUUGACAUGCAGAUGCCUUGAUACUAUUCUAAUAAUAUAUCUAUCACAUUGUAUGAUUAGAGAUGAUUAGCUUUUCCUUUAGCUUUUCCUUUACAUUUACCAACAACAGGUGGACAAAAUUUUACCAUUGAAAUCAGUACAUGUAUUACACAUGACAAAUGUAAUACCUGGAAGAAAAGUUUUUGAAAAUAAAUCAACUUUGGUAAGUAGCUGCUUUUUUUCCCGGUACUAAUUCCGGAUGUGGAAUUUAAAAAACAUGAAUGUGAAUAAAUGGCAAUAAUGCAUGA